AGAAACAAUAUGACAGAUGAUCGUGAUCGUGUGCGGAUGAUUGUUGCUGCUCGUGGUCGUGAAGAAGUUGUCGAAGAAUAAAAGCGCCUCUAGAGUCUUUAAAUAAAACUGAGUUGACUUAACUUACACUUAUCUUUAACUCUCUUUAAAUUACAAUACAAGUUACGAUAUAAAAAGAGUAUUAAAGUAAUACAAGAGCUAGAAGAGUUAGAGUAAGAGAGAAAAUAUAUCAUCACUGUGAUUGUGAGGCCGACUAUCAACAUCAUCACCAUCAUCAUUUAAAAAGAGUCCUCCUUCACCCGUUUUUACAUAUUUUUUUUCUCCGUAUAUAUUUUUGUACGGUAUUAUAUAUAAAGACUGCUAGUUUUUUUGUAUCGUGGCAGAGGCAUUUAGUCCAAUAUUUUAUAAAAAAAUUUAAAAAUGGGGGACGUCAUAGACUGCAAUUUUCCUGUAUGGGGCCUCUUGCCAAAAAAAGAAACUGGAGUUAAUCAAUUCCUUAUAAAGUAUCCAGAGUAUGAUGGUCGUGGUACCGUUAUUGCUAUCUUUGAUUCUGGAAUUGAUCCUGGUGCUCCAGGAUUACAGGUGACAAGUGAUGGAAAACCGAAAAUUUUAGCACGUUUUGAUUGCAGUGGUGAUGGAGAUGUUGAUACCAGUACUGUUGUACAAUCAGAAGAAGGAUUUAUAACUGGUAUUACCGGUCGUAAAUUAAAAAUACCAUUUAAUUGGACAAAUCCAACUGGUAAUUAUCAUAUUGGUGUUAAAGAAGCAUACCGUCUGUACCCAACAAAAUUACGUGAAAAAAUAUCUGCUGAACGUAAGAAAAGAUUUUGGGAUGAUGGUCAUAAAUCAGCAUUAGCUGAAGCAACACGAAAACUUCAGGAGUUUGAAGCCAAAACUCCAAAUCCGACAAGUGUCCAGGAUAAAUUAGUCAAGGAAGAGUUGGAAGCCAGAGUUGAAGUUCUGCAAAAUGGGGAGAAAAAAUUUCAUGACGCAGGUCCGACGUACGAUUGCGUCGUCUACCAUGAUGGGAAGAUGUGGAGGGCGUGUAUUGAUACGUCCCAAGAAGGCAACUUGGAGGCAGGAAUUCAUCUCGGCGAGUACUCGAUCACUCACGAGUACGCUCCCUUGACUCAGCAAGAUCAGUUGAAUAUAUCUGUAAAUAUUCAUGACGAAGGAAAUACUCUUGAGAUUGUGGGAAUAUGCGCAAGUCACGGGACGCACGUAGCAUCAAUCGCCGCGGCGAAUUUCCCCGACAAUAAAGACAUAAAUGGUAUAGCGCCUGGUGCUCAAAUAAUAUCUCUGACAAUCGGUGACAACCGUAUAGAUCCUAUGGAAACUGGAACAGCUUUGGUCCGUGCGAUGAUCUGGAUAAUGCAACAAAAAAUAAAAGUACACGUGAUCAACAUGAGCUACGGCGAGCAAGUGCACUGGAGUAAUUCCGGGCGCAUAUUUGAUUUGAUGAACGAAGUUGUUGACAAGUACGGAGUCACAUGGAUUGCAGCUGCAGGUAAUUUUGGACCGGCUCUGUGCACUAUCGGAACACCACCGGAUAUUAAUUCAACAAACAUUAUCAGCGUGGGUGCUUACGUUUCGCCGGACAUGAUGAUAGCCGAGUACUCGCUGAGAGAAAAAAUGCCGGGUAUGCCGUACACGUGGUCAUCGCGUGGUCCGAUGAUUGACGGCGGGACUGGUAUAACUUUGUGUGCUCCAGGAGGUGCUAUCACCAGUGUACCCAAUUUUACACUGAGGAAAAGUCAGCUUAUGAACGGAACCAGUAUGGCAAGUCCGCACGUUGCUGGAGCCGUGGCUCUAUUGAUCUCGGGUCUUCAAGACAAACAUUGUCCUUAUUCUCCAUACAGUAUAAAACGUGCACUAGAGAACACAGCCUUGUACAUCGACAACCUUGACUCAUUUGCUCAAGGCUCCGGGCUCUUGCAAGUUGAACGGGCGUUUGAGAAUCUUGUCGCCAAUUGUCAGGCAAUAGAGCGCGAUGUCAGAUUUGCAAUCAACUGUGGUGUUAACAACUCCAAGGGUAUUCAUUUGAGAUCUGGCGUAAUAGACCGUCCGAAAGAUUGUGCAAUAACUGUUGAGCCAAUAUUCCUAGACACCGAAAAUGUUGACGCAUCACGUAAAAUAAAUUUUAAUUUACGGCUGUCACUUGUAUGCGACGCUUCCUGGGUACAAUAUCCCUCUCACUUUGAACUUAUGCACAUGUCGCGUGCCUUUACCGUCCGUAUUGAUGGUGUUAAACUCCCAGAAGGUGUUCAUGCAACGAAUAUACGCGCUUAUGACGUUGAAAAUAUUGAAAAAGGUCCAGUAUUUUUGAUCCCCAUUACCGUCGUCCAGCCACUGGCUAUACAAAAGUUGAUGAAUUUACCGGAUCUCCAUUACUCGCAUGUCCUCUUCAAAGCGAACACUAUUGUAAGACACUUUAUUCUAGUCCCUGAAGACGCGACCUGGGCUAUGUUGAAAAUCAAAAGCACUGACAAAGAAAAGACUGGUAGAUUUGCCGUGCAGACGGUGCAGUUAAAACCGCGCUUAGCUUCUCGCACACUUCAUACCAAUAAGAUGAUAAACGUCACCUCGCAAUCGGAAUCCGUCCAGGGAUUUGCCGUCCAGGGAGGGCUCAUUGUCGAAGUCGUUAUCGCUAAAUAUUGGGCGAAUCUCGGGGAAAUAUAUGUCGACUAUUCGAUUGAGUUUCAUGGUAUCCAUAUACUGGACAGUAAUCUUACAAUGCAGUCCGGUGAUGGAAUCCAUCGUAUGGAAUUACGCAGCAGCUUGAGAAACGAAGACAUUGUACCGAGUGUUACGUUGAAAUCAAUUGUUCAGGUGUUAAGACCAACUGAAUACAAAAUAUCACCGCUUAGUGCACGUGAUGUUAUACCACCAGCUCGUCAAAUUUAUGAAUUGCAGUUGACGUACACAUUCCACAUUGCUAAAGCUACUGAAGUAACACCGAACGCUGCUUAUCUAAGUGAUUUGCUCUAUGAAAGCGAAUAUGAAAGUCAACUGUGGAUGCUUUUUGAUUGUAAUAAACAUCUUAUUUACUCUGGCGACGCUUUUCCGUGGAAGUACACGGUUAAAAAAUUAGAAAAAGGUGACUAUACAUUAAAAAUGCAUGUACGUCAUGAAAAAAAAGAUCUACUGGAACGAUUAGCAGACAUGGCAAUACUGUUAAGUCAAAAAUUAAGUUCACCAGUUAAUUUAGAUGUUUAUGCUAAUCACUCGCAAGCUAUUAUUGGUGGGAAAAAAAUGGUCGCUGCCACAGUACCACCAGGACAUAUUCUUCCUGUUUAUAUUGCUCCUAUGAAUAAUGAAAGCAAAAUAUCAAAAGGUGCAACCCUGGGUACUUAUCUCCAAGGAUCAGUAACUUUCUGCAAAGACGAGGCGCGUAAAAAAGUUGACUGUUAUACAUUUAAGUAUAUACUCUCAGAGGCAGCUAAAAAAAGUCCGCCGGUUGUUAAGCCGGAUGAUGAAAAGGUCAGCAAGUGGGAUGAAUAUCAAGAUACUUUGCGAGACAUCAAGUGUACAUGGCUCGCUAAAUUGGAGGCAACCGAGCACGCAACAGCUUUGUACAAUGAAUUAAGAACGUCAUACCCAGAGCAUUUACCAGUACACACUGCCAUGUUGACAUCGUUGGAUUCUCCAGAAGCACGACGUCUACUUCCUCACGACGAUCUCUCAGAAAGUGCUAUUAGUUUCGCUGACCAAAUGAUUGACGUUGCGGACAAAGUUAUCACAGCUAUUGAGCAGGAAAAAUUACUGGCCUUCUAUGGUAUGAAACACGAUCAAAGACCGGAUGCCAUGAAAAUAAAGUCAACGAUGGACAAGCAGAAGAAUCUAUUAAUUGAGGCAUUUGUUAAAAAGGGUUGUGCUUAUGCACGAUUGUAUAUUCAUGCGCGAAAACGAGGCGAAACUGAGGCUGCGAUGCAUCUUUCUACUGUAACACAAAUUUGGAAUGACGUACAGAAGUACGCAGAGCCAACGGAUAGCAAAGUUUUAAUUCUAUCAUUGUGGCACGCACAUAUUAAUAAACAUUACGGACGUUAUCUGAAGCUGCUGACUCGUUACUAUGAAGAAAAACCAGUAAGAGAUAUUGAUGAGAAGUUUGUUGAAAUUACGAGGACUGUUGGUUGGGAUCACUGGGCACGUCAUAUAACAACGAGCUUACCUACACGUUAUCCAAAAGCAUACAGACCGUUUUAAUUAAUUAAAUAAAUUAAAGUGCUAAUUUUUAUUAAUAAUAAUUAAAGAAAAUUAAUAAUUAAAACUUAUUUUUUUUUUUCGGUGCAAGUGCAGUGGUAAUAUUAAACUGCGUUAUUCACAUGUAUGUUUCAUUUACACUGUAAAAAAAUUUGCGUAGUGAAAGUGGAUUAGAUCCGGAGUGAAUACGGAGCGCAUGACUGUUUAUUUAUUAUUUAAUCCUCUUGAAAUGAAAUUCACUCCGAAGGGGAAUUUAUUUAAAUAUUAGACCGGAUAAAGAAACUCAUAAUUUACUCCGUAUACGGAGUGAUUUUUUUUUUAAACCCCGGAACUCCAAGUGACGGAGUGAAUUCUGAUUUAAAUAAAAUCCGUAAUCACUUCGAAUUUACUCCUGAUUUUUUACAGUGCAAAUAAAUAUCAUCGAUGUGUUGAUUAAAGAAUAAGCUCAAAUUAACUCGAAUUUUAUAUAAUAAUUUUUUUUUUUUUUUUUUUUUUCGAUUAUUGAUGUAAUUUUUUUCGCAUUGUAUCGGUGCGAGUUAUAUAUGGCAAUCACUUUUUACAAUAUUUUAAAAAAACGAUUAAAAAAAAAUUUUAAUGAAAUGAAAUAUUUACAAUGUCUUAUGGUGACGUUGUAUGUACAUAUAUAUAUGUGCGCAUACGUGUACUAAUAAUACUUAAAAAUACUUAAGACAGUUAUUCUUGGACGUAUAUACGACUUUAACUUUUUACAUACUUAAUCAUGUAUUUUUAUUUACACAUUUAUUGUCAUUAUUAAUUUUAAACUGCUCAUACAUUAUUUAUGUACAUGAACAAGGACCCGAGUAUAAAUAUUAUUAAAUGAGAAAACAAAAUCGAAAAAAAAGUAUUGACAAUGCGUGAUUUUAUGUAAUUAAAUAGUAAAUUAAUUAUUUACGUGAUAAAUUGUUGUAAGAUUGUAUUGUCUUGAUGGGCCGAUUAAUUAAGUGACGAUUAAUAAAGAAAAGAAAUAAAACAUUUCAUUUUUAUUUUAGUUUCUUAAUAAUUAAUUACUGAUAAAACUAAAGUCGAGGGUGGAAAUUUA